GACUGGUCUCGCCCUCUCUCCUGGAGAAUAUAAAGGCCUGUAGAAAACUGUGCGAUAUCAGUGCAGUGAUUGAUAACAGGCCGUGGCCUUCUGAAUCCUGUGGGUCUGUUCUCCCGCCAUAUUUUAUAGCCUACGUUAUUAGCUGACAGAGGUAUUUGCUGACCAUGAAGUACCGAAGCACUCGUGGGGAUGUGAAAGGUGUUUCCUUUAAGGAUCUCCUCCUCUCUGGAUAUGCAAGCGACGGCGGCAUGUUGUUGCCUGAGAGUUUUCCUCAAGUGUCCACCGAGUCACUGAGAAGCUGGGCCGGACUCACAUACGAGCAACUUGCUUAUGAGGUGAUCUCUUUAUUCAUCACUGAGGAGGACAUUCCAGCAGAUGAUCUCAAAGGUGUGCUACAGAGAGCCUUCUCCACGUUCACAGUUCCUGAUGUUGUCCCCUUGACUCAUCUGGCUGAUGGUCUGACAGUUGUGGAGUUGUACCAUGGCCGGAGCCUUGCCUUCAAGGACUUAGCCAUGAGCUGCAUGGGCCAGUUCUACAACUAUUUCCUCAGCAAGUCAAAGCAGCACAUGAAUCUAGUUGUCUGCACCUCGGGAGACACUGGUAGUUCAGCCAUUGAGGCAGUGCGAGGCAUGAGCCAGGUGGACAUUAUGGUAAUUCUGCCUCGUGAUCGCUGCACCGUCAUACAGGAGCGACAGAUGACCACAGUUUUGGACAGCAAUGUUCACGUCUACAGAGCUGAUGGAAGUUCUGAUGACAUUGACAUAGUUGUGAGGAAGCUAUUUGCAGACACGUCUUUUGUAAGCACCAAUAAUCUUGGCUCUCCCAGCUCUCUCAACUUUGCUCGGAUCCUGAUACAGCUUGUGCACUUCUUUUAUACCUAUUUGAAAUUGUGCCCUUCAGCAGACAAAGAGGUUGAAUUGAUCCUCCCGACAGGUGGUGGUGGGAAUGUGACAGCUGGGACAAUCACCAGGAAAAUGGGUCUUCCUGUGCGGUUUGUGUGUGCAGUGAACAAGAACAACAUCUUGUCCCGGAUCAUGGACGAUGGUCAGUGCGAGCUUGGCGAGGUUGAGGGCACCCUGGCUCCUGCAAUGGACAUUCAGUUUGCCUACAACCUAGAGCGUGUGUGGUAUUUAUGCAGUGGUGAGGACGGAGAUGCCAUUAAGAAAAUCAUGGCCCAAGUGGACAAUAACCAAGUCAGGAUUCCUGCCAAUAUUUUGAAUGAGAUGAAAUCCUUUGUGAAAGUGUACACCGUGUCUGGGGAUGAAGAAAUCAAGACAACGAUCAGUCGCUGUUGGCGAGAGAAUCAGUACAACAUUUGUCCUCACACUGCUGUUGGAGUUUCUUACUUUUACCAGAAGCUCUCAGAUGGCACCAACAGCAGUUCACCGUCUGCAGUUCUUGCCACAGCAUCCCCACUCAAAUUCCCAGAGGCUAUCCGGGCAUCCGGCGUUCCCGCUCCGACAUCAGAGAAAAUAGAAACUGUCCUUUCAGCUCCAACCCGCUUUGUGGAUCUGGAAAAAUCACAGGACUGGACGGAAAUUGUGAAACAGAAAAUGAUUGAAGCAACCAAGAGCUAUGGUUGUUGAGAAUUAUGAAGUUCUUCUCUAAGUUAGCAGUAAAAAAGAUGGACUGUCAACUUACAUUUUUUUAAACUUAUGAUAGAAAACAGCUUACAUAUAUUUUUUUAUGAGUACCUUUUACUUAUAUGAGAUAUUUUGAGCCAAGGUAUAUGAUUUUAAAGUUUUGAAAUGACAAUUGUGCAAUAAAUGAUAUGACGAAAAGAUGUGAUAUGUUUAUAUUUAGCCUUGAAUUUAUCAUGUGAAGAUACCAGUAUAAAAUUGUCAGGUCCCUCAGCUUGACUGCUGUACUUGGUUUUGACAUCAGUUUGGAAGUUUGAUUUGGCAGUCUAUGUGGGUUUUGUAUCUUGUUAUAUGUUGCACAAUCCUACAUGAAAGGAAUUUUGCUGUUAUACUUGUAAAUCUUGUGCAGAGUGCUUUGGUUGUGAUCAGUACCUCAGAGUCAGAUUACAGGCUGGCUCAGACUGGAACUAGAGAGGAAUGCAUAUAUGAAUGCUUAGCAAUAAACAUGAAAUGAUUACACAC